GCUACCCGGGGAGUCGGUCGGGAGGGAUGUCUUACAGAGUGAGUGUCGUCAAACGUUUUUUAACUUUUUAACACCCGAUUUUGGACUGGGAUGGCGACGCUUUCGGAGAGACAGAUAUCAACACUAGUAACACAUAGAGAGCGAGGAGGGAUAUGUUCGGAACGGAGUGUCAGAGCCGUGGCGCGUGUCGGACAAGCCGUCAACCUGGCGGUCGAGAGGUUUGUUACCAUCGGGGAGACCAUCGCCGACGACAACCCGGAGAUCAAGACGGAAAUGUAUCAAGCAUGCAAAGAGGCCCGGGCAGCAGGUACAGCAAUAGAGAAGCUGUGCGAGGCAGUGUUGGAGGACUCUCUGACAGACCGCGGUGCUGUGGUUCGUGCUGCGAGGUGUUUGCUAUCGUCUGUCACGAGAGUCCUGUUACUGGCUGACAUUGUCGUCGUCAAGCAGCUUCUCCUAGCUAAAGACAAGGUUGCAAGAAGUUUAGGAAGAUUAGAAAACGUAUCAAAUUUCACAGAAUUUGUGAAAGCCUUUAGCCAAUUUGGAGCUGAAAUGGUAGAACUAGCUCAUCUCACCGGGAACAGACAGAACGACAUGAAGGAUGAAAGAAGAAGAGCCCAGAUGGCAGCGGCUCGACAGGUCCUGGACCGGUCCACAAUGUUGCUUCUCACAUCUUCCAAGGCAUGUCUUAGGCACCCAGAUAGUUCAUCGUCGCGUGAGAACAGAGACACGGUGUUUUGUCAGAUGCGGCGUGCGAUGGACCUAAUACACUACGUAGUGAAGGACGGGGUACUGGACGGAGGUGAGGGGCUCGGGGACGAGAGUGAAGAGGACUGGGAUGGAGGCAAGACCGUCACCUCCGCCAUGAGACACUUUGAGUCCACGGCUGAGAUGACCAGGUUGACCCUGCUGACUCCUGCCACCAAGGAGAUGCUAAGCUCAGCAGUUGAUACCAUCGUAGAGCGAACACAGGACUUCACAGAUUCUGCGUACACAAGUCACGAACACAGAGAGAACAUUCUCCUACUUUGUGACAGAGUCAAGAUGGAGCUUCAACAGCUGUUGCGUCUGGGUGACACUUUGGACCAGCCAGACAGUUAUUCUCCCACAAGAGAGAUGGAGUCAGCCGUACUAAGUUGUCUAGAGUCAACGAGAGAUCUGCGUACGCAACUGCAGGCGACGGCGCGAGAACAGAGCGCAGACAUUGAGCGGCUCACACGCUCCAGCACAGACUUGGUACACACUCUGCGCAACACAGCGCUAUCUGCGGACCAAGACAGGCUGGAGGAGGGUGGCGACAGGUUCAACGAGAUGGUCGACCAUAUACUGGAAGUAUGUAAGAUAAUGAGACAUAUGGCUACCUCAGAAAGUUUGCAAGUGUCUGCUAGAUAUACUGAGAUCAACUUGAGGAUAUACGGACCUCAAGUAGUGACUGCAUCUCUCACCCUCAGCCAACAUCCCACGUCCAAGAUAGCCAAGGAGAACCUAGAAGUUUUUGCAGACAUGUGGCAGGCCCUGAUGACAGAUGUAGUCAAUGUGUGUAAAGAUGUCAUUGACAGUUUGAGACAACCUGAGAAACAGACCUACAUGUCUCUCCCAAGACCAGGGAAGCAUGGAACGACCAGCAAGCCUUUAAAACAUGUUAGAUUGGAUGUGGAUGAACAAGAGAAGAUCGCCAAGACGGGGCUGGAGAUGAAACUUGCGACAUCGGAGAUGGAGGCGGAGACGGAGCGAUGGCAAGAAGGUGGAACCGGGGGGGCGAACAUGGACGAGAACAAUGACAUAGUGAAGCGAGCCCGUAACAUGUCUCGGAUGGCGUUCAGUAUGUAUCAGUUCACCAAGGGUGACGGACCGCUCAAGACCACGCAGGAUCUGUUUACGCAAGCAGAGUACUUUGCGGAAGAGGCUAACCGACUGUACAAAGUCGUGCGACAGUUCUCAUACCAGGUGCCUUUAGGAUCUCAUAAAAAAGAACUCCUAGAACAGUUGGACAGAGUGCCCACCUAUGUUCAACAGCUGCAAUUUACUGUUAAGAACCCUACUGUUGGCAAAGCUGCAACUUUCACUAAAGUGGAUAGUGUGAUUCACGAAACCAAAAACCUCAUGAGCGUUAUUUCUAAAGUGGUCACAACGUGCUUUGUCUGUGCUACCAAGUAUAACCUGGAUUUCCGAGGGCUGUCGACACGUGGCUUUGGCGGUGGCAGUAUGAGAGACGAUGAAGGGUCGGGAUCAGGCGCCGGUGGAGAGGGGGGCAAACUUGGGGGAGGAUCAGGCACGGACUCGAACAUAUGACAGUUCGGGAUGGCUCGAAGAGGCAAGGGGGACGCCCGACGGACUCGGGUGUCCUUCCUACUCUUCUGAGCCAGUUGCCCCCCACCUGCACCUGAACCACACCCGAACUGUCCAUCCACCAUGGUUAUGUGCUCUGUAUAACUCUAGUUCUAUGCUUAGGAUUACUAAGUAUUGUUGCUGAUAUUUUCUAUGACUUAAAACAGUUUUUAAGUUUAGGGAUCUGGAAUCUGAUCCCGUCUUUGGAUUCAUUAGAAACUAUUGCUAAAAGCUUUUUAUCUUUAAGUAGCUCAACCAAGGGCUUGUCUACAAUUAUAUACAUUGAACAAUAGCAGAUUCUUUCAACUACAAAACUUCCUGAUCAGUUGUCUUGGUUUUUUUUUAUUUGAUGUAAUGGAACUGGAACCUAUAUGACCCCUCUGUUUAAUCCAUCACCAUCUCUUAUCCAAACACAAUUAAAAUUACCAAUAUAAGUAUUUAGUAAAAAAUUUGUUUAUAGAACCAGUUUAAAACUGAUAAACAAAUGAUGUAGAAAGUGAAGUUGUGGAACACUAUUGCUUUACCCCUCUAAUCGAGUCCAGGGAAAGACCCAUUCAAGGGGAUAUUGGGAGCUGUUUUGCAAUCAUUUAACUGUUUCUCAAGGAAUAAUUAACCAAAAAUACAUAAUCUUCAGUUUUGUAACAAAUUCCCAAUCGCUAAUUUAUUCUUUUAUAACAAUUAAUGUAGUGUAUCCAUAAAAACAAAAUAUUUCUGUUAUAAAUCAUACUUGAUUAACGUAAUAAAUAAACCAUUAGGACAGAAAGGUAUGCACUUUAUUAGACAUCAGAUAGUAAUUUUAGAAUCAUUAUCAGAAAAGUAAAAAAUCUAAAUAGGACCACAGAAUAGAUUAUUGUAAAACACUCUGUUAGUUAUUUUGCAGACUUAUACAGAUCACAUAACCAUUUGUGUGAAACAAAACUUAAUAGAUUUUUAACAUAGAACACAACAAGUUCCUAUGUGGUUUACAAUACUGAAUCAUUUAGCUGGCCUUUGUUCUCAGUGUCGUAGGUAAUGCUUUAGACAAUAAACGUAACCAUCAACUACAAUGUAGGACAGUUUUGUUUCUCUGGAUGGAUGGUUUUUGACUUUAUAGUUUACCUGGUUGUGAAAGCAGCAUUGCACUGAGCAAUGUGAUGGAAUUACUUAGUCCGGAUUGGUAUCUCUACAAUUAAAAUACAAACCAUAGCUGCUUAAAGGCUGCUAGUAAAGCAAUGGUAACAAAGAAGUACAUAUUUCCAAGAGUUCCCAUACAAACUAAUAUCAGAAAAACUAUAUUUUGUGAUUCCUUCCCAGCUUAAAAGAUUGUAGUCUGCUGUAGCUAACAUAAAUUGUCAUCUAAUUUAGUAUUGGAGAAAUUUUACUUAAAAUUUUAUUCAGUGAGAAAAGACAUUUUGUGCUUUAACUUGCCUUAGUGCAGUAAGUUUAGCUUUACCAACUUAUUUAAUUCACAUUGUGUCAAUCAGGAUGUGGUGUGGGGGGAAGACGGAAGGCUCCCAAUAACACUGAGAGUCACACCACUUGCAAGUAGAUCCAACGGCAAUAAAUUGUUGAGAUGAAUGUACAAAAUAACAAACGUGACGGUGACAUGUGGGUGUGUGUAUCGAAAUCGCCACUCUAAUUGACACAGUCUAAAUGUAUUGCGAGACUACAGUUUUUACAAACAAUCAAUAUCUUACAUCAUACACCAAGUUUCAAAGCAUUGUUGAGAUAGCCAAGUCUGAGUGCCAUGCUGUCUUCACAACUCCGCAGCUUCUACGAUAUCCAAGUCAAACUCGGUGGCCAGUCAAAGCCUGUGACCUAAACUUCCCGGGUUGACACACCGCUCGACUUCCAUUCUAGGCUUGCAAAGUACAAACGUCAUUGUCAUUGUCGGUUACUAUUCGUGUGGUGUGUCACUGAAAUGUAUUAGUGUUUUUUCAUUGUUUUUAAAUCAGAGUGUACUGUUUUGAUCGUCUACGGUGUUCCGUAUGUUUGUUUUGCUACCAGCUACCAGGGAUUACUAUUGUCUAGACUAGACGAGCAUGAGUAAUCUGCCUUUUCGUAUAAAUGUGUCGUACACGAUAAUAAUAGUUAGGUUUUUAAUAAGGUUUUGUAUAUAUGUACAAGGAUGAAUGGUAAAUGUUAAAGCUCGGUGCACAAGUUACUGCGCACACAGCGAGAUCGGUCUGUAGCACAGAGCUUCAAACAAGACUUGAUCAUUUUGACAAAUCUUAGAAUUACUAGAGUUUGUUAUUCAUGGUUUCAAUAUGUAUUCCAAAAGCAAACGUUUAACUGACAUUGUUAGCCAUUACCUAGAAAUGAAAAAAUACUACUGGUUGUAGCAAAUUAUUAACAUGUUAUUUAUUGUUAUAAGCAUUUUUGUGAGUCUGAAUAACUAUUUUUUUAUCAGUGGGAGGAGAACAUGUGGCAUUGUAUUGUUGGAGUUAAAAAAUGUAUUAUAUUAUCAGUAUAUUAUUAUAGUCUCAAUAGAUCUUAUUGAAUGGGUGUUGUUUAUAUAAAAUUUUGUUUAUUUUUACAUACAUUGAAUCAUCUAAUAUAAUGUUAUCUCUCUAGGAGAUAACUAUAUAAAAUUUUUUCAAUCUUUACUAAUAGACCUACAAUUUUUAUCUUCUAAAUAGAUCAAUGUAAAAACACAAAAAAUAAGAAGUGGUAUUCAGUGUUUGUUUUUCAUGUGAAGUACAUGUUUGAUUUUAGGGUCUUGUAUAUAGGUAAAGCAGGGCAAAGGUAGGUAAGUUUUAUUUUGUUGAUGAGGAACUGGAACUUAUGUUGUUCAUCGAGGUUAAAAAAACAUAAUAAUAAAUCAAAUAAACAGUUCAUUUAAUCUACUAUAAAUACUACUAGUAAUCAAUGUUUAACAUUUAUUUUUCUGACAAAAGCCAAUGAGAUUACUAAGCAGUUGAAAGCUCUAGAAGAGUUAUUUUUUUUAUUUUAGUGGACUGCAAUGUGUUAAAUAGUUUCCACAGUACGUUUUGAGUAAUUGUAGCCUACACAUAACAACUACAACAUUAAACAGUCGACUGACUCAGAUUGCAUCGCAAAAUAGUUCUAAAAUUGUUUAGAGUUAUCGGAUCGCAAAUUAGUUUGCUUUUGAAAAUUAGUGUGUUAAUUUUAAAUAUAUCAUAGACGCGUAAUUUUUAUGUCAUCAAGAUAUUUUAUUAAAGUGUUUACAAUCAAUUGUGAUUCAAUGACAUAUAUUUUUAUUAGAUGUUUUCUAUUAAAUCGAUAUUUUAUGUCACAAACCUAAGAAAAGACGAUUAGUCGUAGUUAGUCAAUCAAUCACCGUAGAUAUUCACUUGUUAUCGUAUCUCGUCACGUUUGUACCCGUUAGACAAUCCACAUUUGCAUUUUGCUACUCAAAAUGUCGUGAGUCGCUGUUUUGCUUUUGGAAAAUGGUUUAACUUUGAAAUGUGUUACUGGAUUCUUUCAGGUGUUUUUUACGUAGGUAGAUUUUGUAUCACUAGCAAGACCUGUUUUUGAAAGUAGAUUACCCAGAUAUCUGUGAUAUGCGACAGCAUCAGAAAUCCCCCUUCCCACCCUUAGUGCCAACCCCCGUGGAAGUGGAUGUAUGCAGUAUGUCGUCUGUUUGCUGGUUGUUGUACAAACUAAUCUGUCGGGGCGUGCAGUCUCGGCCACCUAAGACUGUGCUUCCAAACAAUGACGUAAAGAUCCCAUUAAAUUUAAUACGAUUAGUUGCUUGGCCAAUUGCAAUUUACUGUACAGUAUUUAAAAUCAAGUAGUAUUUUUUCAAUGUUUUAAUAAAAUCCAUUAUUUUGUCACUUGAACAGAGCAAACUGUUGGUUUUUACUCUUCAAGCAUUUGCCGAUGACUUCACGCUCCCCAUGCUAAGCUAUUUAAGAUGUAAUUUUGUGCUUGUUCGAUAAGCGAUCACUACAUCUGUUUUAUGAAAUGUAAACUAAAUUCUCUGUGUAUUUCUUGUUGUUGCAAUGUUUCAUUCAGUUUGGUUGUUUUUACUCCUAGUACAUGUGAUGAAACGCAGGGUGUUUAGGUACAAUCAAUUGAUAACCUCCCGUUUUUUACUCUCAUUGUUGUAACCUACCGGACAUUGUAACGGAGUUACGUUGUUGUUACCUGUUAGUUAUAACGCGGCCACGUUUUUCCACGUAACCGCGUUGCACUGGUUGUCAUUGUUGUGUGCAAAUGUUUUGUUAGAACUUAACUAUUGUAUAUCUUUUAUUUUGAUUAUCAUUUUAAAGAAACACCAAUGAAUAUAGCUAUUUGACAUUGACUAGUUCCUUGUUUACAAGUUAAGAUCGUUUAAUCACUGUUAGACUCGUUGUUUGAUGGCAACUAAUCUUAAGAUGUUCUUGAAUAAGCAAACUACGCCAUAAUUAUGUUUGUUUUCAGUUGUGAACUUAAGGGGAAAUUCAAUAAUGUUGAUUUCAUAAUUGUCUUCCAUUUUAGAGUGUAAUUUAGAGUAUUGAUUAUGUUUGUUACAAUUUAUUUCAUUAAUGCUCCAUUUAUGUGAAGAUUUUUUUAUCAAUUGUAUCUUUGAAACUGAACAGUCUACUGUGUCAAACCUAUGAGUUAUGGGUUUAGGUGUUCCAGAGGUUAAUAGCUGAUCAUAGAAUAACUAAACCAUGUAAAAUAUCUUCGCAGUUAGUUUAUAAAAUCAUCAAUGUAAACACAUUAAUUGUGUUCACUUUUCCCUCUACAAAUAUCUUACACGCUGUUAAAUAUUUAAACUUAUAAAAUGUUGAUUAUUUUAAACAUAUUCCUAACACCAGCAGAUCUUAGUCAGAAUAAAUAAUCACUUAAAACCCUGCGAAGAUAUUUAAAAUAUACACCCAAUCUGCCGAAGUAAACUAAACUAGUUUAUAAUAAUCUGUAUUGUUACAAUCCGUAAGUGUAAUACUACUGAAUUUGAGCUCUAAUUGUAAUUGUGAUAAAUUAAGGUUAGUUUGUAGCUAAACACAUUCUAAACUAGUCCAAUCGUAGAUAGACUCGAGUCUCAGUCCCCUUAAGUUUCACAAAGUUGUAUUGUGAAGACAUAUCAUUUUUAUGCUGUUGUCGUUUUUUGUUGGAGUGGAAAUUCGUAGCCUGUUCUAUUUUAUAAAUGUACGUUAUUUAUUAUAAUAAUUAUUUAAAAAAGCUAGACAGGGCAAUAAAGACAUAUUUUGAUUAGGUUA